AAGAGGAAAUUGUUACUUGGGGCGCCAGAGCAGCAAAACGCUAGCAAAAUUUACGUAGAGAGUGGAAAAGGAUUAAAACUUGUGAGUUUGGUCAGCUUGUUCGUGUCCAGUUUCGUGUCCCGUGGAGAAUACCUGCGCACGGUCCGAAUCGUGAAUCCGUGGCUCGAAAGCUACUGCCAGCAACUAGCAAAAAAAAAAAAGAAGGUUAUCUACUUUCACCCUCGGCACACCGGGAAAGUAAAGCGCAGCAGCGCCCGCAAAAGAAAGCAAUAGCAAAAUGUCGUUCGCGGAAAGAUUAACCACCCUGAUGGCCCGUCCCGGCCAGGACAAUGUGCCGCGGGACGAUGUGCCGUGGCAUCUGAAGUACGGUGGACGGGCGGCGGGAAUCGUCGGUGGAUUCUUUGCUAUCCUGUUCGGGUUGUACAACUGCAUCGGCAUACUGCUCGGUGACGUUGGCUGCCUGGUCGGUGGCAUCCUGCAGAUACUGGCCGGGUUCGUGGUGCUGGCGAUAGAGGCACCGUGUUGCUUUAUCUUCAUCGACUAUGUGCAGCAGGCGGCAGAGAAGGCCGACCAGCGGCCGUACUGGAACCGGGCCGCGCUCUACUGCAUUAUCUCCAUCCCGCCGGUGAUUCUGUGCCUGGGCUUGGGCAGCCUGUUCGGCUGUGGGCUUAUAUUCGUUACCGGCAUGCUGUACGGUAUGAUGGCACUCGGCAAAAAAGGAUCGCGCGAGGAUAUGGCAGCGAUGGCUUCCCCGAACGCGAUGUCCCCGGUGCAGGGCGUCCCGUCCACGGACCAACACUCCACCCUGAUGGAGGACCCCGACAGCGUCGUUAGAGGACAUGCGAGCAGCGGCAACAACGUCGGCGGGAGCCAGCUCGUCCGCUGAGCAGGGCAACGCGCACCGCCCCCGUACGAUAGUGUAGCUUAAAACGUGUGCGAAAAGAUAUGAGCCACCCAUCAGCAACGCAUGCAGGCAUUGUAGGAAAACGCGAGGAAUGGGGCACGGCGCGAGCGCCACUUUUAUCUCAAGUGGAUAUGGAGGGGUAGGAGGUAGUGUCUGUGCGUGCGUACGUUUGCUACCCAGCUUAUAGCAGGACUGCGAGACUGAGGAAUGGGGCUGUUUCAGUGAGCAUAGCAUUGUAGGGGCUCGAUGUACACAUCCCUCUUCGAACCGCUUCUUUCGAUGCUACCACGGAGCGUGGAGUAGGUUAAUUGCGAAAAUUGUGUAAGACCACGUACAUUCUACUGCUCAGCUCUGUCUUCCUAGCUUGUUUUGGUUUUGGUUAUAGAUUUCGAUGGAAAACAGCAUCAGUCGUACAGUGUGUUAAUUGUACCGAGAGAACAUAAAGUAAAUACCAUUUGCUUUACUACACCUAAUAGGCAACAAAAUCUACGAACGAACGCUUUCUUUCAAUUUACCUAUUAUUGCAUUAUUUUUAACCCUUGAUAUGAGCGUAUGAUGGAAAGGAAUUAUUUCAAAUGGAACUAAACACAAAAUAGGUAAACCAAGAAGGUGGGACAGAUUUUAGUUGGACCUUUUUUUAAACUCAGCUUUCAUGCCAGAGCAUGGAGAAAUUUUCUUUUUUUUUUAUCCUGUCUUUCUAUUUCUGUGCCUAUUUUCCUCCCGUCUUACAAACGUCCAAAGCAAUUGUUUGUUCACUAUGAACAAACACACACACUUGUGCCGUUUGGCUACAGAGUUUGUACACAUGCAUCGCGGCAUGGGGAAUAAUAUUUAUGAGAUCUAAGUUAUCGAAAUGCUCUGCAAAUGUUUCAUAUAUUAGAAAAUGUGAUAAUUUUAGUCCCUACUCUAAUCAAAAGCAAUUGCUUCAUUGAUGAAAAAAAAGAAUAAUCCACUGGUUCUGUUUGAGACAGACACGCAGACAGAAGUACACAUUCCAGAGCUACCUUUCGAGACGCGUGGGGCUUGUGUGUUAGAACAAUUUUGCUGUAUUCGAGUUAAUAAUAAUUGCCUAGCUUUGACGGGGGUGCAGCACACGGGAAGCAGCUUUUCGAAGGGCAUAAAUGGAAGCUGGUUAAGCGAAUGGUGGACGGACGGCAUUCAGGCGCAUCUGCUACCCAUUGUUCCGGAUGGCAGGUGCAAAUAGCACGUAAGUUACAUAUCCCGGAAGCCAACGUUGUUAGUGCUUCACGCUUUCUUUCGUGUCUGUGGUUCCAUCGGUUGGUCCCGUUUCGCUUAGUGCCGGAAUGCCCUCGAAUAAUGGCACUAAAUUGAAAUUAUUCUUACUAAACAGCAGGUGUGAGAUGAACACAGCAUUGAAAACAUCAUUGGGCAGGCGUUGUUUUGAAUUUUGUUUGUAUAAGGGAAGCACCGUUGGAAAGGCUUAAUAAAAGAGAGAUAGAGAGUUAAAAUAGUUAAAUAGCAUAAAUUACCCUGACACAUGGGAGGAUGAGGCGAUGAGUGACACGGCUUGCAAACAAGGGGGAAGCGAAAAUCAAUAAAGCUUCUGCAUCAUUUGUUUAGCAAAGAAAAAAAGACACGAAAAACUGCGUUGCGAACCUACGUACCGACCGACGGCUGGGGGAGAGAAGUUAAUACAAAAGUCCUCCAUUGCGCAUGUAGAUAAGCAUGCAUUAUGUAAAGAAUACCAUAUUUACAUAAACUAUAUAUACAUAUACAUAUAUCGUGUACGAUACAAGAACGAUAGAGAAGCGCGCAUAGAGAACUAAUGAAAAAUAAAAAAAAGCAACAGACAACAACAAGAACAACAAAAAAAACACACACACAUCGUUGAAGAAGAAAGAAUAGAAAACUAGACAAAACAGAAUCAUAAAAAUAAAGAAAUGAAUUAAAGAAAAAAUGGUAGAAAAAUAAGAAAUAUCGAACCACAUAAACACGAGUGCAGAAAAUAAAGGAACAAGAAUAUUACCGUUA